AAGGCCCCGCCCCCUCGGCUCAACUGAGCGUGCAGAAGCAACUUAUGCGUGGGAACAAAACUUCUUACAUUUCGUUGAAUUAAGAUUUAUGUGACAUAACGUAUUAUAAAACACAUCACGUUUUCACUUAAAGCAUAUUAAUGCGCACAUAAUGACGCGAGAGGAGGACCUGUUGCGGAUUGCUAAAAAACUAGACAAGAUGGUGUCUAGAAAUAACAUGGAUGGAGCUCUAGAUCUUCUGAGAGAACUGAAAGAUUUCAACAUGACACUGAAGCUUCUUCAGGAUACAAGAAUUGGCAUGUCUGUCAACAGAAUAAGAAAACAUUGCACAGACGAGGAUGUUGUCAAUUUGGCAAAGAUCCUUAUCAAAAACUGGAAGAAGCUUUUAGAAUUGGCUCAAAACCAAAAGUCUGAGAGGUCAAAUGAGGUGAAGAAUGGCAAUCAUCCAAGCAAGCCAUCAGGGUCACCCAACAGGACCUCUCCUGAGAGAGAGUCCAGUCCACGAAGGUCAACAAUGGAAUUUAAACCAGACUUAGACUCUAGCAAGAAACUUGAUGGAAAACACAGAAGAGAGAAAUGUGAUGCAGAGCUCAGGAAUGAAAAACGAGAAAGUGAACAGAAAAAAGAGAAACACUCUAUUAUCAAUAAAAAGGAACGAGAGAGGAGAGAUGCAUUGAACAGUGAUCAUCUUCCCUCCCCAAUGACGCAUUCAUCUCCGCCUCCCAAGUGUCCUCCGGUUGGGGAAGUGAAGAGGGAGAGGAAAGAUGCUCCUGUUGAUUUUUUCCCUCCUGCUUCGAUCAAUUCCCACCCUCCUCUAAGACGCUCAUCAGUAGAUGUAAAGAAAGAGAGAAAAGACACUCAGGCUCCUUUACAGUCUUUUCUUCAGUCUCAUCCUCAUAAACGUCCCUCCAUAGAUGAAAAGAAAGAAAGGUUGGACAUUGUGCUAGAAGUGCAUACAGUGUGUUAUAUAAGCGAUCUCCUUCAUGUUGAAUCAACAUUCUUGUUCCAUUCAUGCUUGUUUUCAUGCAGGAGAGAUGCACCUCAUCCUCUUUUUCCUCUUCAUCAUCACCUUCAUCCUCCACUUCCUCCUCCUCCUAUUCCUAUCCCUAAGCGUUCAUCAGAGGUGAAGAAAGAAAGGAAAGAUCCUCCUGAAACUCUACCUCCUCCUGCUCCUAUCCUUUCUUCUCCUCCUCCCAAACGUCCAUCACUAGAAGAGUCCAAAGAAAGGGCAAAAAAAGCACCUGAUCUGAAUGCCCCGCUUCCUCCUUUACCUUUUCAUCUACAUCCUCCUCAGAAACGCGAGAUGAAGAAAGAGAGGUCAGGGCUUGAAACAGCUGAACCCAGUGCUCCUCUUCCUCCUGUUCCUCUCCAUCUUCAGCCUGCUAAACCUACAAAACGUCCCUCAUUAGACACAAAGAAAGACAAAGAGAAAGAAAGAAGAGACACAUCAGACCCGAAGCGACGGACUUCUGAACACAAUGAGAAAGAUAGAAAAGACACAAGUGACAGUAAACCACUCAAAAGGCCAUCAAUGAAGCUCAAGAUUGAGAGAAAAGACUCCACAGGUUCUAAAAAGCUCCAUUCUAGAAAGCUCAGCCUGGAUGGACGGAGAGACAGUAAGGACUCUACUGACUCCAAGUCAAGCCAUCACCUUUUGAAAAGACAAUCAAGUGAACCUAAACUGGAGAGGAGAGAUUCUACUAACUCAAGGUCUGGCAGCUCACCUCAGGCCAAGAAAUCUAGUGAAAGCAAGAGUAAACCAGAGACCCCAAAGAUGCCCACAACACCCACAAGCCCCCUCUCCCCGUCGUUUAGCUCCGGUUUGGGUCCUUUAUCUCCUCGUCUGCAAACUGGGGAUCCCAUCAGGGACAAAUGCAUCGAAAUGCUGGCCGCUGCGCUACGUACAGAUGAUGACUACAAAGACUAUGGGGCAAACUGUGAGGGCAUGGCAGCAGAAAUCGAGGAUCAUAUCUACCAGGAGAUAAGAGCCGCAGAUAUGAAAUACAAGAACAGAGUUCGCAGCCGCAUAAGUAACCUCAAAGAUCCCAAGAAUCCCAAUCUGCGUAAAAAUGUCUUGGCUGGAGCCAUCGAGUUGAGCCGCAUCGCCAUCAUGACUGCUGAGGAGAUGGCUAGUGAUGAACUGAAACAGUUGAGAAACGUGUUGACCCAGGAGGCCAUCCGAGAACAUCAGAUGGCAAAGACUGGAGGAACCUCCACUGACCUGCUGCAGUGUGGCAAGUGCAAGAAGAAAAACUGCACCUACAACCAGGUGCAAACCCGCAGUGCUGAUGAACCAAUGACCACCUUUGUGUUGUGCAAUGAAUGUGGUAACCGCUGGAAGUUCUGCUAACCUGAAGCCAGAACUCCAAGAACAAUGACCAUGUAGGAUUCCUCAUCUUUUUAUUUUUUAAUUUGGAAGA